GUUCUCGUUUACUCUUACUUACCUUACUCCAAGACUCUAUAGUCUGCGACUAUCUAAACCAAACUUAAACCACUUUUAUGCUAGAGACUUAAAUGUUUUAGAUUAACUAGUCCACAUUAAGGCCUAUUCCUGGUUUAAUCUAAACUCUGCCUGUGAAACCGCCCCUCAGUGUUUUUCCUUUCUCUCUGCAGACACCAUGAAAAUAGCUUCUUUUAACAUCCAGAAGUUUGGAAAAAACAAAGUGUCUGACCCAGAUGUCCUAAACAUCCUGAUUAAGGUCGUGUCUCGAUACGACAUCAUCUUGAUCCUGGAGGUCGUGGACAUCAGCGGAGACUCCGUGAACACUUUCCUGGACGCACUCAACAAAGCCAACAGGAAGCAUCAUUACACUCUGAAGAUCAGCAGUCGUCUGGGCCGAACGCGCUACAAGGAGCAGUUCAUGUUCCUGUACAGGGAUGACCUCGUUGACCUGGUGGGCUCCUAUCAGUUUGAUGACCAGGUGUCUGAGGGAGGAGACGUUUUCGCGAGAGAUCCGUACAUCCUGCGGUUCAGAUGCUUGAACACAGUGCUGAAGGACCUGGUUUUGAUCCCAGUUCACACCAAACCACACGACUCUGAGAAGGAGCUGGACGAGCUCUACGACGUCUUCCAGCACGUCAAGAGGAAGUGGAGGACAGAUAACGUGAUGAUCCUCGGCGACUUCAACGCGGACGGUCUGUACGUCUCCAAGAGCGAGAUGAAGGGCCUCCGUAUCCGUAGCGACAAGAACUUCCACUGGCUGAUCGGAGAUGAUGUCGACACCACGGCGAGCACGCGCAACGACCACACCUACGACAGGAUUGUGGUUUACGGAGACGACAUGGUCGAGGCUGUCGUACCAAACUCCGCCAAACCCUUCAACUUCCAGAAGGCUUAUGGACUGAGUGAGGAGCAGGCUCUGAAAGUGAGCGACCAUUACCCCGUGGAGGUGGAGCUGAAGGCUCAGACGCAUGAAGAGGACGGUCCUGACCUUCAGUCGGUACCCCCGCAGCUCGUGGCCGAGGAUCUGCUGGAGCUGAAGAGAGGAAACCUGAUGCUGGAGAGGGAGAAGCUCAGCCUGCAGAUCCAGAUCCUGCGGCUGAAGAUGGCCAACAUGAGCCGAGGGAAUGAAAUCUAAACACCUGCAGAAGCUCUGAGUGACGUCGCUGCAUUAGUUCCUCUGUGCUCAGUCUGGAUCCUGGAUUACUGCUCACCCCCCUCAAUAUGAACAGACUGUUUUAAUU